GCUGAAACCUGAGGGAGAAGUACAUUCAGCGUCUUGCUGAGAUAAAACGGAGCCACGUGUCUUAGAAUCCAGCAAAAGCUGUCUAAAACGGACAAACACGCAAUGGAGAAACUUGAAGACAUCGAAAGUUUUCUGAAGAAUGUUGAUGAAAUAAGUCAGCUUGUGGAGGACCUAAGGUCUUGUGAUGCUGAAGCCCAACAAAAAGCAAUGGAAAAAGCUGAUUGCUACAUCACUUCCUUGGCAGAGCCCUGCAGAACCAAAAUCAACAAGAUGACAGUCAACACAAACCCACUGCCACUCCCUCCUUCCAUAACUCCUCAGACUGAAACUCCAGAGAAUUUCAUAAAGAUUAUGGAGAUGGAUGCAGAAGAAAGGAGAGUUCGGAAAGCUGCAAAUGCGAAAAAGGCUAUCGCGUUCAAGGACAAAGGGAAUGAAGCUUAUGCUCAAGAAGACUAUGAAACUGCUGUAAAGUAUUACAGCGAUGGUUUGGCUGAAAUCAAAGAUAUGCAGCCGCUGUACACAAACAGAGCUCAAGCCUAUAUUAAACUGGGAAAGUACAAUGAGGCCGUCAGUGACUGUGAAUGGGCCCUAAAGUGUAAUGAGAGGUGCAUAAAGGCUUAUCUACACAUGGGUAAAGCAUAUCUGGGAUUGAAGAAAUAUAACGAGGCAAGAGGCUGUUUUGAAAAGAUACAAGAAAUUCAACCUGGGAAGGAAAAAAUAGUGAAAGAAUACCUGACCCAGGUUGAUUUGGGAAAGGAGAAAGAGACUCAGGAGAUAAAGGCAAGGGAAGAGUUUGACAAGGGGAAGAGGAAGGCCACAACAGUGGUGGAGCUGUUGGAGAAGCUGUCAAAACCCGGUCAGAUUGCCCUCUACUACUGCGGAGGAUUGGAGAUUCUGUCACAAGCACUUACUGACUGUACAGGGCAGACCCUUUUCAGGCUGAACAAUGGCUUUAGUAUCAUCGCCAGCAAUGUCACGGUGAGAAGUUGCCUGUUGGAGAAAACAAAUGAUCCAGAGAGUCUUGAGCUGUGUGUGUCUGUUUUUAAAAUAUGGAGGAGAGUUUGUUGUGGAAAUGAUGAAAACCAGAAGCUGUUGAUGACAUGUCCGGUCGCCACACAGUCCAUUGUUCAUUUGGCUUCAUCGGAGCAUGAUGAAGUGGCGAAAGAAUGUCUGGCACUGCUGUCGAUGUACUCAGAGAUACCACGUGGCAGACAUUUGGCCAUUGAGAGCCUUGAUUUGAACAUGUUAGUGAGGAACCUCAUGGUGUGCGUCUCAAAGCCAAAGAAGGAGCAGGAGAACACAGCGGUCAAUAUUCUGCAGAACUUUGCAACAGAAAGCCGGUUUUGUAUUCAGUUGAGAGAUGUUUUGACAGACUCAGUCAUUCUGCCAGUUACAACAAUACUGAAAAAUUUCAACACGUCCAAUCAACAUAUACUUCCGUCACUGAUAUCAGGUCUCGGCUGUCUGGCUAGAGAUGACGUCAUUCGUCACAAGCUUGCUCAUGAUCCUGAUUGUUGGAAGGCCUUCUUGGUUGCUGUUAGGACAUGCAUUGCAUCUGAAUACAGAGAGAUCCUUUACCCUUUACUUGGCUUGAUUAUGAACCUUUCAACCGUCACCUCCCCUGUCGUCCAGGAGCUUUCUGUUUCACUCUGCGACUCCUGUGUGGGUCUCCUGAGGCAUAACGACGAGGGAAUCAUAACUAGAGCCACAGGUGUGCUAAGCACUGUCCUACCCCAGUCCUCACAAGCCGUUCAGCAUGUUAUCCAAAGGGAAAUGGUCAAAACCAUGUGCAGGCUCCUGAAGGGAGCCGGGCAGACUGCCACUAAGUAUGCCAUUAAGACUUUGACAGUGUGCACUGCUGCUAGUCACUUGGCACGGGAGAAGCUGGUGAACUCUGAUAAAAAAUUGUCUAUAAUACGUCGUUUGCUGAGCUCCAGCUGUGACGAGAUGGUCUCAGGAAAUGCAGCCCUGUGCUUGGCCCACUGCCUUGAUUUGGAGGGAGUUGCCAGUGACCUGCUGGGCACUGAUAUUGUGCUGUUGCUGCUGCAGCACGCUGCAGGAGAUGCUAAGAGGACAGCUGUGCAGCAAAAUGCAGCAAUAGCUCUUGGGAAGUUGUGUCGAUGUGAACCCAGACACAUGAGCAAACUUCGAGAACUACACGGCCUUGAGAUUCUGCACUCGUGUGUAAAGCUCAUCUCAUGAACCCCUGACCACACAUUUUAUAAUAUCCUUCCUUGACCCCAGUCUUGUUUUCUCCUUUAUUCUGUUUUAGGCGUUGAUACUUGCUUACCUUUGGGUAAAAGUGAAAGUAAAUGAAAAUGAAGACGUGCCAGUCCUGGUUGUUUAUUAGUCUUCCUAUUUAUUAAAUUUCAUUUAAGAUUAUAUUGAUUUGCUAUUACAGAAAACCAAGUCUGACUAGAGAUUCAUUAAAUAUUUGCUGUAUUUCA